CAAGACAAGAUCAGCACUUCAACGGCAGAUCCACAGUUAGUCAAGUACAGCACCUGUCCGGCUGUCUCUGUCCUCUCAGGAUGUCCUCAGAUAUUUACUCUAAACCAGAUUUAUCAAAAAAGGUGAGAUACAACAGAAAUGAGCAAGAAGACGGAGCAGGAUGGGACGAGAGGGAGGUGGAUAUCUAUGAGACUGUUGAUGAUGUUGGGAAUAAUCUUACUGUUCAGUCACAGGAAGAAGGACGACAAACUUGGAAGCAUCGUGCUCUUCAGAAAAUACCUGUCAGAGGUGCAACACUGUGUCGAGGAGUGUUGUGCACGGUGGUUUUAGUUGUGGUCGUCAUCUUGUUCAUAUACGCUCUUCACGUCACCUUGGAGGUCAACCAGCUGAGGACCAAGCUCAAGGAUAUCACUUCGGACAAAGACGAGCUGCAGAGGGAAUACAACCAACUGAACAACACUUAUAAUCGGCAAAAAAAUGAACUUGACGGAGAGUGUCAUGAAGGAUGGAGAAGAUUUGGCUCCAGUUUAUACAGAAAAUUCACUGAGAGUAAAACUUGGUCUGAGAGCAGGAAGGAGUGUGAGGAAAGAGGAGCUGAUCUGGUGAUCAUAAACAGCAAAGAGGAGCAGGAUUUUGUGGGGCGACUGUACACAAAUGAAACCUCCUGGAUUGGUCUGAAAGCUGAAUGGUCGACAAGUAAAGAGGAAUAUGAAUGGAAAUGGGUGGACGGAUCACCACUGACAACAAUGUUCUGGGUUGCAGCACAGUCUCCACAUCAGCAUAACAAACGGGAACAUGCUGCAGUGUGUUGUACUAAUGAAGGGAAAUGGAAAUAUUCAUACUACACUUCCAAUUAUAACUGGAUCUGCGAGAAGAAAAUACAAGAAUUUAUUGUUGAAUCCUGAUUAACUUCAGAUAACAUUUGUUCACUUCCAUUCAUUGUGUUUCGUGUGUCAUUUAUAAAUGUGGUGAUUCUGAACUUCAUCAUGUGUACAGGGUAGUGAAGCUGUCAUCAGAACUACAGGAGAACUUGAUAAUGCUGGAGUAAAAUAUAAUGAUUGUAAAUAAGUAUAAAUGCAGCUUUACUCCUCUUUGUUUACUUGUGUUGUUUUAAUUUGAUAUGUGAUGAAUGAAGAGUUGUCAGUUAAAAUAAUUGUCUUUAUUCUACGACAUUUACAUAAACAUUUGUCCUCCUGCUUCAUUUUCACAAACAAAAGGCAAAGUGUAUUUCAGGAACAGAGGAAAAACCAUCAAUAAACAAGGAAACUUGACAACAGCUGUUGGAUUAAAUGUUUCGGAUUAAAUGUUUCGGACACAAAGUCUGAAGUUACAAUUUAGUUGUUUUUAACACAAAACUGCUUAAAUUAAAAUUAAAAUUAAUUACUAAAAGACAAUAAACAUGAGGAUGAGCAAACUCUCUUUUUAAAAACAGACCUGAAUCUUGUA